AUGCCUUCCUUCGCCUACCUUUGCACCGCUGCCAUGGCCGCCGGCAUCGCCCAAGCCGCCACCAACCCCAAGGCCCAGGGCGCCUGCUCUCCCACCAAGGGCGGCUCCGGCGCCUGCGGCCCCAACGGCUCCGAGGCCUGGCUCAACACCGGCCUCACCGGCGGCGGUUGGAACCCGCCGCACCUCGGCAUCAACGAGCUCACCCACAUCAGCCUCGACCAGUACUACAAGGGCGUCGGCAAGGCCUGCGGCAAGUACGACAAGGAGUUCCAGUCCGCCGGCAAAAAGCACAACAUCGACCCGGCGAUCCUCGCCUUCCUCGCGAUGCAGGAGUCGUCUUGCAACGCCGACGAGGGCGGGCCGACGCCCGGGCUGAUGCAGUGCGCGCCGGAGAACUGCCAGAACGGCAAGAAGAGCUGCCAGUACCCGGUGCAGGACAACGUCGACUGCGGCGCGCACGUGCUGCGCGCGGGGCUGGACGCCAACGGCGGCAACGCGAUCAAGGCGAUCGGCGCGUACAACGGCUGGUUCACGGCCGGGUCGGGGCGGAAUGGGAACAAGGGCAUCACGGAGAAGUAUCCAUGCAGCGCGGAGGGGAAGCGCAACGGCCUCCCGCAGAACCUCGACUACAUCCACGAGACCUUGAAUGGCUGGUUCCAGGGCUACGACAUGUACGGCAAGGAUAGCGGGCUGCACGGCAAGUAUGACUGCAAGGGAAGGUGCACGGGCAGCAACCUUUGCUAG